AUGGCGGCUUCGAAUGACCCACAUAUCCGUGUGUCAUCCAGUGGCGUGUAUGUGAAGCAGGCACCUGCACGGCCAAUGUCAACGGAAGCCAACUACAAUGCCACCACACAAGGCAGUGGGGUGAAGAGUGGCCGAAGUCGACGCUACACGCACAAUCCGUACGCGUCGCAGUUAGCAACCCCCUCGUGCAGCUCCACAAACACCUCACGGCAGAUGAACUCCUCCAACAAUAGCUGUGAUAGCUCCAUGCAGUGCCACAACAAUUGCGUUGCACGGGAGACAGGUGGGACAGAAUUGCUUCUCGUGAACAGCAGUUUACUGGAGCAAUUUCUCGGUGUUGUAGGGAACAUCACAAGGACGGCGUGCACGGUGGCUGGUCGCCAUCUUUUGGUAUCGGUCCUUCGGCUGCAGCAUAUGGACAAGGUACAGAUUAUUAUUGACGAGCUUCUUCCGCAGCUCAACAUUGUUGCGCUUGACCCGCAAGGGUGUCACGUCGUGCGUACACUCAUUGAAAGUGCCUCGACAGAACUUAUAGAAACGAUUUUGCCACACUUUACACCAGAAACAAUACUUGAACUGGCUGUUAACUCACAACACACUCGUCGUGUUGUGCAAAGCAUCUUUGAACGCCAUAAGAGCGAAUCACUCACACCAAUUGUGACAAUGAUUGCACAACGCAGCCAGCAACUGGCAGUAUCACAACAGGGAUGCAUUGCUGUCAUACGCACCAUUGAAAAUACCCUACCACACCAGCAGCGUUCUGUUAUCUCGAUGCUGCUGCCAGUGCUACCAAGCCUCACGAUGAACUGUUAUGGCAAUUACGUGGUACAGUGUAUUUUGCAACACAUGGACCGUGCCUCUCUCGUGUCAGUGGUGUGCCACGCUUUUGCGGGGCACUGGUUGGUGCUUUCACGCAACAAGUUUGCAUCCAAUGUCAUUGAAAAGGUUGUGUGGCAACUUGACGGGGCAGCCCGCAGGGAACUGGUGAAUGAGCUCGUUAUGGACACCAGUAAUCUCAGGCAGCUUAUGCAGGACGGGUUCGGUAACUUUGUUCUACAGGCUAUCAUUGACUCUUCCAACAGUGGAGAGGAGUUUCGCGAGAUAUCCAGCCGUGUGAAGCCGCUGCUGCACACGAGCCCGUACGGCCACAAGAUUGGGGACAGACUGCAUGGGGGGUAUGCCCGUUCGCUGCGGGUAGCACCCGGCCCGCAAGUCGGUGGUAGUGCGGCUUCACUGGUAGACGAAUGA